AUGAUCACAGGGUACAUGAAAGCUAACAAGGUUGCAUUAGCUGAGGCAGAGUUCAAAGACAUGACAGUGAAGAAAAAUCUCGUAACUUGGAAUGCUAUGAUCUCUGGUUACGUCGAAAACUCUCGGCCAGAAGAUGGAUUAAAGCUUUUCAGAGCAAUGAUGGAGGAAGGAGUUAGGCCUAAUGCCUCUGGACUGAGCAGCGAGUUGUCGGCGUUACAGUUAGGGAGUCAAAUCCAUCAAAUAGCCAUGGAGAAGAAAGACGUUGUGGCGUGGAAUGCGAUCAUGUCCGGGUAUGCACAGCACGGUAAAGCGGAAAAGGCGCUGUCUUUGUUCUGUGAGAUGAGAGAUAACCGGACCAAACCGGAUUGGAUAACAUUUGUUGCGGUUUUGCUGGCUUGUAACCAUGCUGGACUGGAGUAUUUUGAUUCGAUGGUGAGAGAUUACAGGGUAGAACCGCGGCCUGAUCACUACACGUGUAUGGUUGAUCUUUUGGGCCGGGCUGGGAAGCUGGAGGAGGCGUUGAGGUUGAUAAGAUCAAUGCCGUUUAGACCGCAAGCUGCGGUUUUUGGGACGCUCUUAGGGGCUUGUAGAGUGCACAAGAAUGUGGAAUUGGGUGAGUUUGCAUCUGAGAAACUGCUUGAGCUUGACCCGGGAAAUGCAGCCGGGUAUGUGCAGCUUGCGAAUGUCUACGCUUCGAGGAGUCGUUGGGAAGACGUUGCUAGGGUUCGCAAGAGAAUGAAGGAGAGCAAUGUCGUCAAGGUACCUGGAUACAGUUGGAUCGAGAUUCGAAACAAGGUUCACCAUUUUAGGUCAAGUGAUCGGAUUCACCCUGAGCUAGACUUGAUACACAAGAAACUGGAGGAGUUGGAGAAGAAGAUGAAACUGGCUGGAUACAAACCGGAGCUAGAGUUUGCUUUACACGAUUUAGAAGAAGAGCAGAAAAAGAAUCUAUUGUUAUGGCAUAGCGAGAAGUUAGCUGUUGCUUUUGGGUGCUUGAAACUACCUCAAGGUUCACCGAUACAAGUGUUCAAGAACCUGAGAAUCUGCGGUGAUUGUCAUAAAGCAAUCAAAUAUAUCUCCGAGAUUGAGAGACGAGAGAUCUUAGUGAGAGACACCACAAGGUUUCACCAUUUCAAAGAUGGGUCUUGCUCUUGUGGCGAUUACUGGUGA